CGGUGCAUGGUACAACUGGCAAGGGGAAGGGGCCUUAGGAACCAUUUCCUCCGGAAGAAAGUGUCAGAGGCACAUCUGCCCUCUGGCAUCCACAGUGCCCUGGGCACCGUGAGCUGUGGUGGAGACGGCACGGGCGAGCACAGCCUCCUGAUACCCCGGACAGAAGCAGACAAUUCCGAUCCAGAAUUGGAGGAAGUCUCCGUGGAGAAUGGUUCGGUCUCUCCCUCACCUUUUAAACAGUCUCCGAGAAUUCGACGCAAGGAUUGGCAAGCCCGCCAACGACCUGGGACCCGUGCAGAGGGUGAGAGGGAAUCCCAGGAUGUCGGAGAUGCAUUCAAGGCACCCAAUAUGGGACCAAACCCUGGAAUGGAUGGUGACGGGGUAUAUGAAAACUUGGCCUUCCACAAGGAAGAAGACUUGGAAAAGAAGAGAGAGGCCUUGGAGUCUACAGGGCCGAACUCCUCGGCAGCAGCUAACGAAGAGUUGUCCGAGGCCCUGAAAGGCGAGGGCGGCACUUACAGCGACCAUAUGAGGCAGAAAGCCUCCUUGGCAAUCCGCUCCCCCUGUCCUCGGCUGGAGGAGGAUAUGGAAGCCUAUGUGCUGCGGCCAGCAGUCCCAGGCACCAGGAUGCAGUGCUACCUCGCCCGUGACAAGUGCGGCGUGGAUAAGGGCUUGUUCCCCCUCUACUACCUCUACCUGGACACCUCCGACAGCCUGAAGCACUUCCUCCUGGCUGGGCGAAAGAGAAGAAGGAGCAAAACUUGUAAUUACCUCAUCUCCCUGGAUCCCACAGAUCUAUCUCGGGAUGGGGACAACUUCGUGGGCAAAGUCAGCAGAUCCAAUAUCUUCGGCAGCAAGUUCACCAUCUUUGACAAUGGGGUGAAUCCUGACCGGGAGCAUUUAAUCAAGAAUACUGCCCGGAUCAGACGGGAGCUGGGGGCUGUGUGUUAUGAGCACAUCUUAGGAGACCUGGGGCCUCGAAAACUGACUGUGAUUCUCCCAGGAACCAACAGCCGGAACCAGACAAUCGAUGUCCAGCCACGAAAUGAACGGGAGUCACUACUGAGUCGCUACCAACGUGGGGAAAAACAAGGGUUGCUUUUGCUGCACAGCAAAACUCCGUUGUGGAACGAGGAGAACGGUGUCUACACGCUCAAUUUCGAUGGUCGAGUCACUCAGGCUUCGGUGAAGAACUUCCAGAUCAUGGAUCCCAAACACCGUGAGCUCCUGGAAACCAUUUUAGCUGGGCCAGGUGGGGUGGGGUUAGGGUGUGAACGGAAGGGAACUAUAUCUCCCAUCAUCACUUGAGCGUUUUUCUAGGCAGGGCAGAUGACACCCUAUUGCAAAGCCUACUGGGAAUUGUAGUUUACACACCCCUCAAGGUUUCUGGCUUAGUAAGGGAACCACUCAGCCUCUUAAAAGUCUCAAUUCUCGGCCUGGUGCAGUAGCUCACGCCUAUAAUCCUAGCAUUUUGGGAGGCCAAGGUGGGUGGAUCACCGGAGGUCAGGAGUUCGAGACCAGCCUGGCCAACAUGGUGAAACCCUGUCUCUACUAAAAAU